UGCCACCGAACGAGAGCGAUAACCCGUAUAAAUAAAUCUCGAACACACAAACAGGGUCCUGCAGUCCUCCACAGACCGGCCAUGGCGAAUUGGAUCUCCUCCAAGCUCAAGGUUGCCGAGUCCAUCCUCCAACAGAUCGAUCAGCAAGCGGCCGAGUCGCUGGGCAAGGGCGACGGCUCCGCACUCCCCACCGGCGCUGUCCCCGAAGAGAUCUCCCAGAAGGCCGACCAGUCUCGCCCCCUCAAGUACCAACUGCCCAAGAAGGCGUCGCCGCCGUGGCACUCGCCCGGUGUUGCUGCUCAGGUCAGCGCGCCGCCAUCUCCGAGCGUUACCAGGCCGUCCGCGGCGGACGAAGAUUGGACCGAGAUCCUCAGUUCCUCCGAUCCGGUCAACUCGCCUCUCGGCACUACCCUCGGCGGAGGGAGCAGAAAGGCGGCUGCGUUGCCCUCGUCCGUCGACAGGGGUGCUCGUAAGGGAUCUGGUGGUUUCGUGAAGCCUACCGGGAAAGCAGAGGUUGCCGACCGUGGUGAAUCUGUUGCCGAUAAUGCACCUGGAGAUGGGGAUCGACCCUCCCGCAGGUCUUCUAGCUUGUUGGAUUUGACGAAGGAAUUAUUUAAGCAAGAAUUCCACGGAGGUGCUGCCGAUCAUAGUCCGUCUCGUAGUUCUGAUGCAGAUUCUAAAAUCUUAAAUGUGAAGAAGAGUGCUGAUACUGGUGAUGGUAGUAAUAGUAAGAACAUGGAUGUCAGACCUUCAGGUGCUCAUGUUCAGUCGAGAAGCUCUUCUGAGAGUGCUGAGGAAUCAAGUGAUUCGGUUUCGACAUCAGAUUCAGAUGAGGAAAUAAGGUUGAAGAGGGAAGAGAGGAGGAGAAAGAAAGAACAAAUGCUAGCUGAGAAAAUGGCGGCUGUUGCUGCAGAGGCCAUCAGGGAACGGGAGAAUAUUGUUGCCAGGUUAGAGGGUGAGAAGCAGAGUUUGGAGAAAAUACUUGAGGAGCGCGAGAAAAAACAAGCACAGGAGGCCUCAGAAUUGCAGAUGAGUAUGUUUCAAACUAUGGAAGCAGUUGAAAGAGAGAAGCGGAAGCAUAACAGUACAAUGAUGGAAGCAAUAACUCUGUUGGCUGAGCUUGAGACUGUAAAUGCUGAGCUAGCUACAUCUCUAGCAACAGCUCAAAUAACGCUGGAAAGAGAAGUAACUAAGGUGGGAGAACUUCGUCAACAAGUUGAGCUAAAAGAGGUUGCUAUUGAAGAACACAGAAGGAGCAUCUUGAAGAUUCAACAGAAUUCCCCUUCUCUAGAUGAAGCAGUAUCAUUACAAAAUUCCCAAAUCAAACAAGAAAUUCUUGAUGCUGAAUACUCGUUUGUAUGUGAAAAAUUGUCAAAAUUAAAGGACAAGGCAAAGAUGCUGGAAGAGAAUGUGGAAAUGAUGAGAAGAGGCAUCACACGCCCAACUGAAAUUGAGAUUGAACUUAAGAAGAGGCUCGAACAACUAACUGAUCGAUUGAUACAGAAGCAGUCACAGGUUGAGUCUCUUUCCUCUGAGAAAGCUACAUUGGUGCUUAGGAUCGAGACAGUUUCGAGAUUACUCGACGAAGAUGAACUUCCACUGCAAUCAACUGAUCUCGCACAAAAUUCAGAUGCAACCGGUUCAUUCGAAAUGGCCGACAUCGAGUCUGGAAUAUGGCGACCGUCUAGUUCAUCUUUUCAACCAGUAAUCAUCCGCGACAAAAUAAGAGCUGGGCGGAGGCAAUUAGGAUCAGUUCUUCAACAAUUGGAUCUCGUAUUCUCCAUCGGCAUGGUGUACCUGAGAAGAAACCAGAAGGCCCAGGUUUUGGCGUUUCUUUAUCUCUUAUGCCUCCAUUUUUGGGUGUUCUUCAUAUUGAAUUCUAGUUCCCAUAUCUCAGACGGCACUAAAUCCGGUGCUGUUUUCUCUCUAGAAACCAUCAAUAACACAUCCAACCCCUGAUGGCCUUUUCCAUGCCAUACAUACAUCGUUAUAUGAUGUAUAUCCCAUUUGAUAUGAGGAUAUUGCUUAAACAAAAAUCCUUUUAUUUUUUUCAUUUUAAAUAUAUUUUUUGUAUAUUUGAUGAAUGAUAUAUAGGCAUCGCAGUCCAUGAACCUUCUUCAUCCACGACAUCGUGAAGGGUUGGUGCUUUCACCACAUGACACUUACUUGCACUAACUAAAGCAUUUUAUUUUAUUUUUUCCAAUUUUGCAAAAAUAUAUGCAUAUUUAUUUUAUCUUUUUUUUUUCAUUCAUGCCCCUACUCGUAAUUCGUGCUCCCGGCUAAUUAAUUAGAUUCCAAAUCUGUUUUGUUUUAUAUUAAAAUAAAAAAAAUAACUCACCUUGUUACGGAAAUACAUUUAAGGAUUAAUAUAUUUUGAUUACGAUGAUCUUAGACAUCCCUUAUAAUCUAUCCUCGUAUAAUUCAUUUUUUUUUAAAAAAAAUUAUAUAUGAUUAACUAGGUUUAAUAAUGUUGAGCUGGGAUGACCGGUUCAGUCUGAAGUUUUCUAAUAAGUAUUAGGUAUCAAAAUACAUUAAGAAGUACAUACGACUAACGAUUUAGAAGUCCGACUUCCUAUAAAGGAAUCUUAUAAUUCGUCCAGGUCACUGUUUAUAGAAUUGUGAGUACUUUUCAAAAAUCGAUAAAAUUUAGAGGUGUGAAAUGAAAUUUCCUGAAAGACGAUUGUUAAAUGAUCUCAUUGGUUCGUCCUCUGUUUCCUGUUCGUAUGAACACACGAGAUCAACCCUCGUGGUUUAUUACAGUCAAUGCCAAAGAAUACUACCCCCUACUAACAUCAUCUCCGAAGCUCCUCGCCUCACCACCGUCUCCUCUGUCGCCGUCGCAUUCCUCCGGAAUGCGAAAAUAGCAAACGCCCUCUUUUGGUUUGGCAUCCUCCUCCCGUGUCGGAGUCGCGACUCACUUCCUCCAAUGCUUCUCCAAGCCGCCGCUCCCUGCUUCCCCGGCGUCGCUUCCGGAGCCCGCGCCCGGAUCCGCUCCGAGAACUUCACUUCUCGAAGGCUCCCUCUUCCGUCUCCCUCUCCGAUUCGUAAACGCUCAGGUUGUAUAAGAGCAGUUUCGGCCAUUAAUGUUUCUCCUGAGAACGAGGAUUCUCCAUCUGUAGUAUGCUUUGGAGAAUUGCUUAUUGAUUUUGUUCCAACUAUUAGCGGAUUAUCAUUAGCUGAAGCGCCGGCUUUCAAGAAAGCAGCUGGAGGAGCUCCUGCUAAUGUUGCUGUUGGGAUAGCUCGUCUUGGAGGUUCUUCAGCAUUCAUUGGGAAAGUUGGAGAUGAUGAAUUUGGGUAUAUGCUCUCUGACAUUUUAAAGGAAAAUAAUGUUAACAAUCAGGGGCUGCGAUUUGACCCUGGUGCCCGUACAGCUUUAGCUUUUGUUACAUUGAGAAGUGAUGGUGAACGUGAAUUCAUGUUUUAUCGGAAUCCUAGUGCUGAUAUGCUUCUAGAAGAAUCAGAACUGGAUCUUGAUCUUAUUAGGAAGGCUAAGAUCUUCCAUUAUGGAUCCAUUAGCCUUAUUACUGAACCGUGCAAGUCCGCACACAUCUCUGCAGCUAAAACUGCCAAAGAGGCUGGUGCACUUUUGUCAUACGACCCCAAUCUAAGACUCCCAUUAUGGCCAUCUGCGGAUAGUGCAAGAGAUGGAAUAUUGAGUAUAUGGGAUACAGCUGAUAUCAUCAAGAUAAGUGAAGAAGAAAUUUCCUUUCUAACACAAGGAGAAGACCCUUAUGAUGAUGCUGUUGUGUGGAAAUUAUUUCAUCAAAAUCUUAAAUUGUUACUUGUAACAGAAGGCCCUGAUGGUUGCAGAUAUUACUCAAAGGACUUCUCUGGUAGAGUUGGCGGAUUCGAAGUUGAACAAGUGGACACUACUGGCGCUGGGGAUGCCUUCGUUGCUGGAAUUUUAUCCCAGUUAGCAAGUGACAUAUCGAUACUCCAGGAUGAAGCAAGGCUUAGAGAAGCCCUUAAAUUUGCGAAUGCUUGUGGAGCUUUGACUGUGACGGAAAGGGGUGCGAUCCCAGCUUUACCGACUCGAGAAGCAGUUCUGAGUGCCAUGCUCAAUAUGGCUGCAUAAAUUUGAGUUCUUGUAUUUGUCUCUCUCUCUGCAGAUAUCCUUUCCCAAGCCAUUAGAUAUUAGAUUGAAGAGACUUUAUUCGAUGAAGCAAUCAUCUCCCAACUCUGCGUUGAUCAAUCAAGAAGAAUACUUGUUCUUGGACUCUUCAUUUCUUCUCAAAGAGAUGUAAGUUCUCUUAACAAUCUGAAUGCUUCUUUCAUUACAAUAUAUAUAGUCAAUUAAUUUUUGGUUCUAACUA